AACAAAGUCUGUUAUUCAAAUGCUUCUCAAAAAUCUUCCCAAAUACAUUGAUAACUGAAAUAGGUCUAUAAUUGAACAUAUUGUCUUUACUUCCAGAUUUACAUAUUUGUGUCACUAUGCUUUCUUUAAGUUGGCCAGGAAUUACUGAGGAUUUGAAACAGAGGUUGAUAAUAAUACAAACUAUUUGCUGUAACUCUAUGUUAUCCACUGGAGUUAGAAACAUAGAGUAAGCAAUGUUGACGACAUGAAGAUCUGAUAUAUCAAGAAUUGAGUUUUGAUCAAUCUGACUUGUAUUUGAAUAUGUUACCCUGAACACUGCACAAUUGAAGCAUCGGCGUAGAGCGUAAAUGGCAACACUGCCCCAGUACUGCUAA